CAACACAUUGAUACGCCAUGGGUAAUGAUGAUUCUUACUUGUAAAAUUCGCUCAUGUCCUGAUUGAGUUGCAUGCCUUUUGCUUUUCAUUUUGUUGGAAAAAUUUAAUUAAAUUAAGUAACAUGAAGUUCGUAAUAAAGUUGGUUCAUGGUUGAGUUGGUUUAUGGAAACGGACUCCGAUCUACUCGCUACCUGUUACUGCACUUAGUGAACAAAGAGUGUCUUCGCAUCCAAGGUUUAUACGUUAAUUUUAAGAAGUAAAUAUUAGCUAACAUUGUGUAAAUGUUAGCUAAUAACCCUAGUGAAGGAAUAAAAGUGGUCUAGGUUGGCAAGGGUAGUAUACGUAGAGCAGCAUUACUUUUCCACUGGAUUGAAUCGGUUCUUUGGACCAGAUCAAGCACCUCUUAUCAGCGUGGCGCGCUGGGAUGUAGAACGCAUCAUUAUCACCGCUUCGCAAUGCUCGAAGCCAUAUGAGUAAGAACUUUUGUCCUGACCGGUACCGUGGUUAUCUUUAGCCUAUUCGUGACUCUGACUUCAGACUGUUCGAAGGCCUUUUCUGUCUCUUGAAUCGCAAUCCAAAACGACAGACCGGUAACCAGUUGCCGGCAAUAAUCAAACAUAUAUUCGAAUGCUCAUGGAAGUGAAUUGACUCCAACAAUUGACCUCCAAAGUGUCGGUGACUGUGCUGUGAGUUGGCAUUUCAUUAAUUAUUGUUUGAUUUGAUUCCGCCAACGACGAGUUACCGUACAGUGAUUGCCUUCGUUUACAGCUAUAUAGUGGCUUCGAGAUCGUGAUAACGAAAAAAGAGUGGUUGGCUAUUGAUUAGCUUACGGGGGAAGUCGUGGUGGUUUGGAAGGAAGAACAUUUCUAUUUCGUAUUUUGUUUCAAUAAAACGUUGAGACAUGCAGUUUGUUUCGUCUAUAAAGUGCCUUCGGUUUCGUUUCGGUAGUAGUUAAUGUGUUUCACAGUGGCGUUGCUGUACAUAAUACACCAGUGUUGUUACUCGCGCAAAAGGAACGUCCAGCGACAGUCACCGAAUACAGUAAUUGCCUUGGUGUGUCAUCACGCUCCACGUGUUCGAACUGCACAGCCACGAUGGACAGUUCCCGCAAGCCGGUGAAGAAGAAUCCGCGCAAAGGAGCCUUCUGUUUGUCACAGCUGUUCUUCGGAUGGAUACUGCCUCUGUUUUGGCGAGGAUCUCGCAUGGGGCUUGGGAAGGAUGAUCUGACCAAAUGUCUGAAGCAAGACCGAUCCGAACAGCUUGGAGAUCAGCUUGAAGAACAGUGGGAAAGAGAAGUUUCUCAGUCUCGCAUAGCCAACAGGCGGCCAAAGCUUCGCAAUGCCUUGUUCCGGACGUUCUAUAAGCAAUGUUUGUUCGAUGGAUUUCUUAUUUUCCUUUUUGUUUUCAUAAAAACUAUCCUACCGGUGGUAUUGGCUCAGUUGUUGAUACAGUUUCAAGAACCAACAAACUCCACGCUUCUAGGGGUACCGGUGUUAGAUGAGCUGUCGAUCGCUACCACGCUGCCGCCGAUGGCCCUUCCGCUUAUGAGUGGGUUUUCCGAGACUACCAAAUCUCAUCAGAAUGAACUCGUGUUUGAUGAAAACGCUAUGAUCAAUCGUCGGCGACGAAAGCGACGUAUUCGCACAGACAACGAUUCACCAGCUCCUGGCAACAGUAUCGGUAUGGGUCCCGCCUUGCAAGAUGAAACAUGGGAAACAACCAUGCCACCGGAUGGUCUGUUAGAGACCAGUGAGGAGGGAACGUUAAAUUCAAACUCACUAGUUGGUGCAAAUGGAACGGUUAUCGAUGAUUUCAACACCUUUCUGCAUCACGCGUGGAACGACACUUUUUGGUUGUCGGGAUUGUUGGUGUUGUUAACACUAUUAGGUUGCUUCUGUUGUCAUCAUUCUGAUUUGCGCCAGCGGCUGAUUGGAGCGCGGAUGCGUAUCGCCAGUUGCUCUGUGAUCUACCGCAAAACCCUUCGUAUGUCCAAGAAAGCCGCCGGUCAAACGCCGGCCGGUUACAUGAUUAAUCUACUAUCGAACGACGUUAGCCGACUGGAUUACGGUUUCAUCUACAUCCAUUACGUUUGGGUGCUCCCGUUUCAGGCUUGUUUCACUUGCUAUCUAAUAUGGCGGCGUGUGCAAUGGGCGGCAAUCGUUGGAGUUCUUGGGUUGCUGGUCAAAACCAUUCCGGUUCAGACGGGUUUGAGUCGCCUCAGUUCGAUCAUCCGGAUGCGUGUUGCAAAAAAAACCGACCAACGGGUUGGCAUUAUGAACGAACUGAUACAAGGCAUCCAGGUGAUCAAGAUGUAUGCCUGGGAGAAACCAUUCCAUAAAGUGGUGUCGAACGCUCGCAAGAAGGAAGUACGACAGAUUCGCUGGGCAUCAUACAUUCGAGGAAUUUACCUCAGCACGAUGAUAUUUACCGAACGAUCGACAUUGUUCCUGGCGAUAGCAUGUUGCGUUAUUGAAGGACGCGCGAUUACUGCUGAUAUAGUGUUCCCGAUGGCGCAGUUCUUCAAUAUCCUGCAGCUUACUGCAGCGAUAUUUUACCCGUUGGCCGUUUCACUCGGUGCCGAGGCACUCGUAUCGAUUGAUCGCAUUCAAGAAUUCUUAGCGCAAGAUGAACAUGAUCCAAACGCACAUGCAACGGCCUCGGGAUUGAAGCGAAACAUAGACGAUCUGCAACUCGAGGACAACAGUGGUAGACCGGCGAUCGAUCUACAGAACGUCACGGCAAGCUGGGAAGAAACGACGGAGAAAACAUUAAAGGAUUUGACUGUGCAAAUCGGUUCCGGAAAGUUGCUGGCAGUGAUCGGACCCGUCGGUUCGGGUAAAAGUUCGCUGCUGCAGUUACUGUUGGGUGAAUUGCCGAUUCAGAAUGGUACGGCUACGAUCAAUGGAGACGUAUCAUACGGUUCACAGGAACCAUGGCUCUUUACCGGUACUGUUAGGAGCAACAUCCUUUUCGGUUUGCCCUACGAUCGCCAACGAUAUCAGGCGGUGGUACGCCAUUGUGCUCUGACGACGGACUUCCAGCAGCUACCGGAUGGUGAUAAGACUGUUGUGGGUGAACGAGGAACAUCGCUCUCGGGAGGUCAACGCGCACGCGUGAGUUUGGCACGCGCGGUGUAUAACAACGCAUCAAUCUAUUUACUGGACGAUCCGCUCAGCGCGGUCGAUUCACAUGUUGGCAAACAUUUAUUUGAUGAGGUCAUUGGGCCUCGUGGUUAUUUAGCCCAGAAGCGCGCUACGCGAGUACUGGUGACACAUCAGGUGCACUUCUUGAAGGAAGCUGAUUGGAUAGUGAUUAUCGAGGGAGGCAAAUUAGUCACACAAGGAACGUAUACGGAGCUGGCCAACGGAAAGGUUGACUUUGGUAAGCUGUUGAACUGCGGGGCAAAGGGGGCGAAAGAACACGGAUCAACGGAGGAGGACAUGCUGGCAACGGAUAUCCCUGAAGACGAAAUACCCUUCAUCGACGGGGUGACACUCGAUGGGUACAAGCUGUUGAAGGGUAGCACUGUUUCUCUGCGUGGCGUUACACCGAGCUCGUGUGCGUCGAGCAUCGCUGAGAACCUUGGUCGCCAGGUAGCCGAAGAUCAGGCAGAAGGCAGCAUUUCGUGGCGCAUCUGGGCCACCUACUUCCUAUCAGGUGGACACAUUCUGAUGCUAAUAUUUACCUUUAUCAUGCUGCUGGUUUCCCAAGCCAUCGUUAGUGGUUCGGAUUACUUCGUAACCUAUUGGACAAGACAAGAAGAAAAACGAUUGGUGAACGCAGAUGAAGUGUACACAUCGACGGUCGAUUUUCUGUACACCUAUGGUGUCAUCAUAAUUGGCGUUGUGGUGUUUACAAUCUUUCGAGGCUAUCUGUUCUUUAACAUCUGCAUGAAAGCAUCACGCAACCUGCAUGAUCGUAUGUUCGCACGAAUCUUAACGGCGCCGAUGCGUUUCUUCGACACCAACCCUUCAGGACGUAUUCUGAAUCGGUUCUCAAAGGAUAUUGGAGCGAUCGACGAGCUACUUCCGAAGGCGAUGAUCGAAGCCAUCCAGAUUCUGCUGGUAAUGAUCGGUAUUCUAACGAUGAUUACGAUCGUGAAUCCUUUAUUGCUAUUACCACUGAUUGGUGCAGUAGUACUGUACGCAGUGGCUCUCAAACUGUAUCUUCGUCCUAUUCAGGACCUUAAACGACUGGAAGGAAUCACACGCAGCCCGGUGUUUUCCCAUUUAUCGGCCACGCUGACCGGCCUCUCGACUAUAAGAUCAAGCAAUGCACAAGACAAGAUUCGUGAGGAGUUUGACGAGCUGCAGAACGUACACUCGGCCGUGUGGCAGCUGACCAUGGCUAGUAAUGCGGCAUUAGGAUUAUGGCUCGACUGCAUCAGUACCGCCUUUGUGGCAUGCGUAACCUUCAGUUUUAUCGUGUUACAUCAAGAUACUUAUAGUGCAAACGUGGGUCUGGCCAUCUCACAGGCUCUCAUUCUAACCGGUAUGGUGCAGUAUGGCAUCCGACAAACUACGGAAUCAAUUCAGCAGAUGACGGCCGUAGAACGUGUCGUGCAGUACACGGAAAUCCCGUCGGAGGUCAACCCCUCGAAAGUGCCACCGGGAGAUUGGCCGUGGAAGGGCCAGCUACAGUUCCACAAUAUGUCGCUUUGUUACGAGCCAAAUGCUCCGGCUGUACUUAAGAACCUGGAGCUCAUUAUCGAACCGACUUGGAAAGUAGGCAUUGUAGGUCGCACUGGUGCAGGUAAAUCGUCACUUAUCGGUGCAUUGUUCCGCUUGGCACGAAUCGAGGGACGCAUCAUGAUCGACGGAAUCGACACGGGGGUGAUUGCUCUAGAUGCGCUGCGAUCGAAGGUUUUUUCGAUUAUUCCCCAAGACCCGGUCCUCUUUUCUGGCACCUUGCGUUUUAACCUUGACCCUUUCGAGGAUUUUCCGGAUGCGGAUCUAUGGCGAGCGAUCAGUGAGGUGGAGCUGGGCUCCUCGAUUACUGGUCUGGAUUACAUGGUAACGGAAGGAGGAACCAACUUUAGUGUGGGUCAACGGCAAUUAAUAUGUUUGGCCCGUGCUAUUCUCCGAAAUAACAAGGUUCUAGUGCUUGACGAAGCGACAGCUAAUGUUGAUCCACAAACGGACGCGUUGAUACAGAAAACCAUUCGUGAAAAAUUUAAACACUGCACCGUAUUGACGGUGGCUCACCGUCUACACACGGUAAUGGAUUCUGAUCGGAUUCUAGUAAUGGAUGCGGGUAUGGCACGCGAGUUUGAUACACCUCACAGUCUGCUGCAGCAAGAAGGAAGCAUUUUGAGGGACAUGGUGGAUGCAACGGGACCGUCGGAAUCGGAAUCUCUAAGACGCAUAGCGGCGGAAGCUUACUCUAAAAUGGAACCUAAUCGCCAUCUGAUGAACGGUAUGCCAAAUCCGUGGCGUUUUGGUAGGGAGGGAAACAGCCGGACCGAUUAACCGAUUAAUGUCCGCCAAGAUAUCCUCGUCAGACAUGAAAAAUGAGGAGGAACACAAGAAAGAAGCAGAAGCUUGUCAUGUAAUCUAUUUCUUAUCGUUACAAUACUUUUUGUACUGUUGAACAAAGUUAUACAUCAGGAAAUGUACUUUACUUUCUUAUAUUUGCGUAUAAGCUCUCGGCACUGCCAGAAGUAUAAAAGGAAUACAAGCCGAUAUUUUCUCUAGUUAAAGGCGUAAUUUUUGUGUGUGUAAUAAAUAGGCACGACACUCGGUGGAAGUAAUGUUUUUAUUCAUAUCUGA